CUGUUCCUCCUUUCCUCUGCAGUUCUCGGGAGGUGAAGGAGCUCUGGCUGAACUCGCUCCUUAGACAAACAAAAGGACCUAAGGAAACCAGAUUGUCCAGAGCUCCCCCGACCAAACUCCUGAUGAAAGUGUUAAGCAGCUGCAAUACUUCAAAGACACUAAAUUCUGGGAACAUGGAGAGUCUGAUCGAGUGCCAGUCAGAGGCUGAUACCAAGAAGUGCCCUCUGUUGGUCCCAGCAGAUACUGAAGAUGGACUUUGCCACUCAACUGCAGAUGGAACAAAGAAAAGAAAGAAGGUGAUAUCGCAGUCAUUUACUCUGAGACAAAGCUCCACCAGUGGGAAUUUCCCAGGGCAGCUUGACUCGGGUGCCAAAAUCACUCUGUUUGGCCAGCCUCUGGAAAUGGUCUGUGGGGAAGAUGCCACACUGCCCCAACCAGUCCAGGAUCUCCUAGCUAUAUUGUAUAUAAAAGGGCCUUCCACUGAAGGGAUAUUCAGAAAAGCUGCCAAUGAGAAAGCACGAAAGGAGUUGAAGGAGGAUCUAAACAAAGGCAGGAAUAUCGACUUGAAAAGCAAAUCUGUGCACCUGCUGGCAGUGGUGUUGAAGGACUUCCUCCGAAACAUCCCCUCCAAGCUCCUGUCGGCUGACCUCUAUGAGAAGUGGAUGCAAGCUCUGGAGAGGCCAAGCAAGCAGGAACAAAUUGAAGAAUUGAAAGUGGUGGCUGACAAACUGCCUAGACCAAACCUCAUCUUGCUCAAGCAUGUGCUCUCUCUGCUCCACCACAUCAGCCAGAAUGCCGAGAGCAACAGGAUGGACUCCAGCAAUCUGGCCAUCUGCAUUGGCCCAAAUAUGCUGAGCCCAGAGAUGGACAACACUCUCCCACUGGAAGUGCAGAAGGAGAUGAACAACAAGGUGACAGUGUUGGUGGAGUUCCUCAUAAGCAACUGCUCAGAAAUAUUUGGGGGUGACAUUGUCUUCUCUGUCUGUGCCUUGGGCGAGGAGUUACCAGAGCACACAAACAGCUCCACAGAACACCUGUGUGCUGCUCAACAGAAUGACUCUGCUUACGACAGCCCAGAUCCUGAAGCUGAAGUAAGCCCAUGUACCUCUCAGCUGGAGGACCCCAAAGGGAGAAGCACUAGUGUGAGCAGAAGAUAUCUGAAACACAUCUCUGCCUCUUCACUGAGUCAUUUCAGAAAUGACAUCAGCACAAUGGACAGGAGAUACUCGGAGCCAGACCUGUCCUUCCAGAGCCGCCUGGAAGGCAGGAUCAGGAAACAGAAGCUAAACAAAAGCGAGGACAACUUUCCAGUCCAGCAGAAACCGCUAGGGCUGGAGGCACUAGAGAAGCGGCUUGCCAUCUUACCUUCACAAUUGUCAACUGACUCUCUCCCCAAAACCUCCUCCAGCUGCUCCUUGGAGAGCUCUGAUGGCUCAGUCUUCACCAGCUCCCCAGUAGUUUCUCCCUCCAGUCCCAAAAAAACCUUUCUACAUAGGCCACAGUCCUUUUCCACCAAGGCCACUGAAGACUGCAGUACACCUAGCAGAGAGAUCAAGAAGCAUUCCAUGUCAUUCUCUUUUGCAAACCACAGGAAAACGUUAUUGAAAACCCAGAGCUGGGGGCCUGGAAAGAACAUGGGUUUUCAAAGAGACAGUUUCACAAAGAAAGAAGAUCAGUUCUCCUGCAGAGUUGUCCAGAACAGCCCUGAUGAGAAACCAUUGCCUGUGGCAUAUCACCGAAGGCUCCGUUUCAAGUCAGCCGAUGAAGUGUUCAGAGAGGUAGACCAAAGAAAUCCUGGAAGACCACCGUCUUAUGAAGAGGCUACUAAAACCUGCCUAGCCUCUGAAAUUCCCUCCCAUGAUCUCACAGUUCAGAGUAUGAGAGUAAAGAUGUCAAACCAUCAGGCUUUGCUGCCUCAUCCAUGCAGCAGCUGUGCCCAGGAUGCGGCAUAUACAACUCAAAGGAAUCUAUGCAGCGGCAGAGCUUCUGCACCAAAGGAUUCUGACUCAGAAACUGAAACUCUCAGCAUCACUGUGGGAAGAAACUCUCGUGUGAGUUUGCCUGUGACCCCGGGAGUCUACCGAUUAAGAGCCAUGUCUGAAUCUUAUCAAAAGAACAAGCUUGAGUAUGUGGCUCGAAGGUGCAGCCAGCCAGUUUUUGAAGUAGACCAGAUCCAGUAUGCUAAGGAAUCCUAUGUUUAAAAAGCCUAUUGCUCCUCUUUGCUUUGUGCAAAGGAAAUACUGUAAAAAGAGACACCUUGCCCAUCUUUUGUAAGAUUUUACUUUCCAUAGAUCAAAAAUAAGCUAGCUCUGCAUGAACUCUUUUUUCCCUUGAGGCUCUCCUGAAGUGCUUGUCGGCUUGACAUGGACAUUGUAGCCAGAUGGGGGGUGGCCUCUUCUCCCAGGCAACCAGCAAUAGAACAAGGGGACACAGUCUCAAGUUGUGCCAGGGGAGGUAUAGGCUGGAUGUUAGGAGGAAGUUCUUCACAGAGAGAGUGAUUGGCAUUGGAAUGGGCUGCCCAGAGAGGUGGUGGAGGCACUGUCCCUGGAGGUCUUCAAGCAAAGACUGGAUGAGGCACUUAGUGCCAUGGUCUAGUUGACUGGCUAGGGCUGGGUGCUAGGUUGGACUGGAUGAUCUUGGAAGUCUCUUCCAACCUGGUUGAUUCUAUGAUUCUAUGAUCCUUUCACCACAGGAGGUGGUGGGGGGGAAGACCUGUGUGUUAUUAUGUAAAAAUGUUAAGUGUACAUAACCUGUUGUGUGGGAAAACUAGUUAGGAGUUGAUAAAUGCUGUUGUAUUUGUACCCCUGAAAGGACACUUGAAAGGUUGGCAGGCCCCAGACCUGCCCUGCUUUCCUUUUAUUUUCUGUAUGGUCACAGAGUCCAUGCCAUUUGUCACACGUGCCAGGCUGAUGUAAUGCUUUACUGAUUUUCUGCAUUAAGAAUAGGGAUGGCAGUCACUCCAACUGGGGAAGAGCUCUGUCAUCAAGGCCACUUCAGCAGUCUUCCAUAAAUCUUCUGCAUUUGCUGCCAUUCCUUUUUCCUGCUUGCUGAGUCACGAGAAUGAUCUGACCGAUAACUGGCAUUAUUGCUGUAUACUGAGCCUGGUUUAGAGCCAAAGCCCUACAAGGUCAUUAUGGGAAUAUAUCAAGUAAGCCCCAUGUGGCUUGAGGUGCUUUUAAUCUAAGUACUCUGGAUAGGCUAAGCAGAAAGAGUAUCAUCAGGUUUGCUCAUUAAAAAAAAGGGGGGGUGGAGGGCAUGACAAAAAAGAAAAUAGCAGGUGGUGUCCACAUAACAUUGUGAAAAUGACUGCAAGUGCAAUAGGAGCUCGUUUUGGUCAGCACUUACCUCCCCUUUUAUGGCUCAGCAUAGCCUUCAACCAGUAUAUCAAUUCACUACAAUAAAACAUUGCAUUGCAUGAAUGCCAACCUGUCCAUUAUAUGUCUUUAAAACACCUGGGCCCUACAUGUACCUACUUUUAUACUAAUCUAUAGACACUUCAGGCCUGCUUGAAUGACAAAGCAUAUGUGUUUUAAUUUGUGCCCAUUGCUUGCUGUCCUGUGCUG